AUGGCUCUUGUCGAAACUUCGCGACUCGUGCCGCAGUCAAACUCGACAACGCCCGCUGCUCCUUGCCGCCACGGAUCCUCGUCCACUCUCCCCGACACUUUCCGCGAAGGUUCCCGUCCGCACGUCGCGACCGUUGCGGCUGCUACAGCCGCUGCUGGAAGUUUCGCCAUUACAGCCGCUGUUUCCGACGCUGCUGCCGCGUCGUCUCAAGUCAUGUCGCCGUCGCCGCCAGUAGGCAGCUGCAGGGAUCGCACGCCGUCGCCUUGUCGCCUGGCGACGGAGUCGCACGACCCGGCGACGGAGAACCACAUCCCGGACAAUGCCGCCGCGGUCGCCGCCGCGACUCACGGGCAUCAGCCCACGUGCGUCCCGCCUAUGCACUUCGCCCUUCGCGCGUCCACGUCGGCGCCACAUCCGCAUGCCACGUCACACCCGGAGGGUUCGAGCGGGAUCUCCGCCGCACCCAAAGGAGACCGUAGCAGCCGCAGUCCUGAGAAACGUCGCAACUCGAUGUCGGGCCGCCCACGAAACAUUUCACCACUAUGGUACCCUCACGGGGCCUCUUCGAUCUCGACAGCGUCUGGCGUAGCGGCAGAGGCGGCGGCAGAUGUGGCGGUGAAGCGGCGGGCCAGCAUCACUUUGUCCCCUUCGCCCAUAGCGGUGUCUGCUCCCAUUGGCGCUUCCCCCGCGCGGUCCUCCUCCGCGCGCGCGCUCUGGCACCGACGCCACCACGCCCAGGAAAGCGCGGGGGCGGAAGCGGCGGGCGACAGGAAGCCGCCGGGCAUUGACUCCGCCGACAGCCCCGCGGAUUCCCCUUCCUCUUCUUCCCCCUCCACCUCCGCCCGUCGUUUCCUCCGCUUGCUUUCCUCGCGAGCCGGUCUCCUCUCCCCGUCCGCCUCUUCCGGUCGUUCCGCUACCCGCGCGCCGUCCGCCGACGGCGCGUCCGCUGACAUCAGCAGUCGCAGCAGCAGCACGCCGCGGGAAGGGUGGGGAAAAUUAGAGGCGGUGGGGAGUUUCCGUAAAGGGUCAAGGGGCAGUGCGCGGGGGAACGAGGAGGGCGGCGGAGCGUCCGCGGGAGCAUCAAGCGCAGCGUCGGGAGGAGAGGGACAGAGCACCGGACGCUGGGGCGGCAAGGGCGCGGGUGCGGGUGCCGGGGUGGGCACGGGCGGGGGUGCGGGCGUGGGCGGAUUACUCUCCCCGCUGGCCAAGGGAAGGUCCCGUAGCCCGCUGUCAAUGGUUCAUUAUUAUCACCACUCUCGCGACAGUCACAUUCACGACCACGACGCCGACGCGGCGUCGCACUCGUACCAGCCCGCGUUCCUCAGUCCCCGCGACGCGAGUAACGCCGCCGCAGCCGCCGCCGCCGCCAGCGCUGCUGCUGCGAGCAGCGGCGGCGGCGGUAGCGCGGGGGGCAACGGGAGGAUCCACAGGGGCGGGAAGAUCCCCGCGCGGGGGAGCAUGGUGAGCAAAUCGUCCCCGCUCUCCCCUCCUCCUUCCGCCUCCGCGCCGUCCUUCUCCCUCGCGCGGCUCAUGGCGCGCUCCAUCUCGAACAUCGAGCGCCGCUCCACGUCACUCAACGACGCUGCUGACGCGGCACUCGCGGCGGCGUCCGCCGCGGGGAUUGUGGUUCCCGGGCCGCCAGGGGUUUGCGCACCUGGCGGCGCGCCAGGCGCGGUGAUGGCAGGAGGAGCAGAAGUUACGGAAGGGGCGACGAGCUCUAGCGCCAACGGCGGCGGCGGCAGCAGUGGCUUCAGUCGCUUGCUGAGUGCCAAGAACCGUCUGAAAAGCCUCGUUAUAGGGCCCUCCGUUACCACGUCUGCCACCACUUAUGCAGAACACCCCCAAGUGCCUGUUCCCGCCUGCUCCUCCUCCUCUUCCUCUACCUACCCCCUCGCCUCCCCCACCCCCCUCCCGCCAGCCGCGGCGUUCGCCACGUCAGCAUCGCCGCGCGUGAUGCACGGGCCAAUCAACGGCGACUUCGCGAAAGCGUCGUUUCUUCGCCCGUCCACGCCGGACCUCCCAAUCCCCUCGCUCCUCCUCCUCGACCCGGCGAUCGCUUGCUCCGUCCUCGCCGCCUCACCCGAGCCGUUGCUUCUCGUAGAUCAACGGUCAGCGUGCAUUGUUGCUGCGAGCGCGGGCGUGGUCUCAGCUUUAGGGUUCGAGUCUCCUAAAGAACUAGUCGAUCGGUGUUUCUUCGAUUUAUUGGACUACGUGAAGCACGCGGAGUGGGAUAAGGCGGCUGCUGCGGCAGCCGCUACGGGAACGUCCGCAGGCUCCGUUUCGUUAAGAAUGCGAUUUAUAAAGAGCGACCGCAAGGGGUCUUUAGUGGGUCAGAGGGUGCAGGUGGUGCUGCAGCUGCCGCCGCCCGCUGCCACCGCCGCUACAGCCGCUACAGCCGCCGCCGCCGCUGCCGCCAGCGCGUCGUCGCCGGCGGCGGCGGCGGCGGCCGCGACAGCCGCGGCGGCAGCGUCGCAGGCGCCUCUGCUGGUGUCGCUCGCGCCGGUUGCGGCGAUCGAGGCGAGUCUGUCGGCCGCGUCGUCCUCUCUGGCCUCCACUCCCCACCCGCAACUUUCGGAGCACGAGCGGUUCGGUGAGCCGGCAGUAGUGACGGGAGAAGGAGGAGCGGAAGGAGGAGGUAACGACGAUGGUGACGAUUGCAGUGAUGGUGAUGGGGAGGAAAGUGGAGGGUUGGACGAGCGCGGGGUGGGCGCCGCGGGGGGUUUCCGCUUCUCCAUGCGCCUGCGCAUGAAUACGGAGGACGACUGGGGGGACGAUGAGAAGGACGCAGUGGUACUGGGGGAAGAGGAGGAGGAUGAUGGUACUGGGCGGGGUAGAUUGGACGGUAGCGCAGCGUAUGAGGAUGAUGAUAAUCUGGACGUGUUAGGCGGAGACGACGAGUGCGCGUGGGGGCGGGGGGGACGCGCGGAUGGGUCGUCCAUAGGCGGGGGGGCGGGGAGGGGCGCGCGGGGGGAGCGGGGCGGGAGAGGAGGGAGCAGUGGGAGAGGGGGGAGCAGCGGGGAGGAAGGGGAGGAUGAGGAGGAUGGGAGGUGGGAGGAGAGGCGGGAGGCGAUGAUAUGGCAUGGGGUAUCGGACGGUAUGCCAUCGUUCCGGCUUCAAGCUAUGGAUGAGUUUCAACCAGACCACUUCACGCCUGCUCUCGCCCCUGCCUCUGCUGCUGCUGCUGGGGACGGUGGUGCUGGUGGCGACGGCAAGGGGAAGAGCAAGGGAGGGAAAGGGACGGGGCGGCAGGAGAAGGGGAGAGAGAGGAAGGAAGGCGAGGAGAGCGCUAGGAAGGCGUCUCCGCUGAAAUGGCUCAAGGCGUCUCUGGGUCAUUCGCAGCAGCGGCAGGAGGAGCAGGGGGAGGAGGCGGAGGCGGAGGAGGAAGAGGAAGAGGAGGAGGUGGAGGAGGCGGGGGCGAACAAGGGCGGUAAGGAAGGGAAUGGGGAGAAGAGCGAGAAGGGAGUGGAUCGGUCUGCGUCCCCCCAUGCUGGGAUCUUUAAGCGUAUGUGGAGGUCGGGGCGAUCCAUGGGUAGGGAGUCAGCAGCAGGCGGUGCUGACACUGGUAGUGGAACAGCAGCAGCUGUCGGGGAGGGUGAGAGGAGCGUCAGCAGCAGCAGCGGCAGUGGCAGUGGCAGUGGCAGGGUGCCGAGGACAGUGUCAGCAGGUGGGGAGGUGAGCAGGAGUGCGGGGGCCAGUGCAGGUGCAGCAGGCACACCCAAGAGCAGCGCCAGCAGCGGCUGGGGGCUCAUGGGCUGGGGACGCGGAGGGGGAGGGGCAGGAGGAGCAGGAGACAUCUCUGCAGCAGCAGGGGAAGCGGGGGGGGCAGGAGGAGCAGGAGGAGCAGGAGCAGCAGUGGGAGGAGUGGGGGUGUAUGAGCGGAGGGAGGAGAGGAUUCCAGCUUCUCCUGUGGCUGUGGUGUCUGGUGCUGAUGGGGUGGUGCGCCUGGGGAAUGGGCUGGAGGGCAAGAAAUGGGUGGAUAUGAGGGGGUAUGGGGGAGAUUCUAAGGCGAGUAAGACUCUGUCUGGGCCGUUGGAUCGGCCGAAGCGGAGAGAUGGGGCGGGUAGGGGUCGGAGAGGGGGGUUUAGGGAUGACAAUGGGUUGGGGGUAGGUUUGGGAGGAGCGACACGUGGUGUUUCUACCGCUGCUGGUGGUGCUGUUGAGGAGGAGGAGGAUGAGGAGGAGGGGGAGGAGGAGGAGGGAGGGAGCAGGAGUGUGGUGGGUAAGGUGAUGCGUCGGUCUAUCACUCUAGUGGUUGGGAAGAGGGAGGGUAAGGGAAAGCAAGAGGGUAGUGAGAAGAUUGAGAGAAUUGAAAAGAGUGAGCAGGUCAAGGGGCAGAGGGAGCAGCUGGUGUGUGGCAAGGGAGGGGAGGAGGGAGGGGGUGUGGGAGUCGGGAGGAAGUUGACGGAUAAGGGGACGUGGGGAGGGUGGGCGGAUGAGGGAGAAAAGGAUGACUGGUUCUGGUGA